AACGCCUUACGCGUACGCCAUAUUAUUAAUAACCGGCAUCCAUUUCCCGCGUAGUAUUUGUGGGUUAAAGAUAUGUCUGGAAGCGGGUAUGGAAGUUAUGGAGGCUCAGCGCCUGCAUCUGGUGGUUAUGGAAAUUAUUCACAACCUCCACCACCGGUAGCUUCAGCCCAAGGAGGUGGUGGCUAUGGUAGCUCAGGAGGAUAUGAUUCUGGAAGUUAUGGCGGCGGUGGUGGUGGUGGUGGUAAUUCAUGGGGACAAUCUGGUGGAAGCGCCAAUGGUUCCGGAUAUCAAGGAAAUCAAGGUGGAGGCGGAGGUGGUUACGGUGGUGGUGGUGGCGGCGGAGGAUUAGGAGGUGGCCGUAAUAAUUUUGGUGGUAAUCAAGGAGGGGGUGGGGGAGGAGGAUAUGGUGGACCACCAAGUGGUGGUGGUGGAGGAGGAUACAAUUCUGACGGUGGUGGCUAUAAAGGAGGCGGUGGAGGAGGAGGUUAUGGAAGAGGCGGUGGGGGCGGAGGUGGUGGCGGUGGGGGCCGAGGUGAUUUCGGCAACCGUGGAGGCGGUGACCGCAAGGGGGGACCUGGUGGAUUUGGCAGUGGCGGCAGGGGUGGUUUUAACAAAGGCGGCGGAGCAGGCUAUCGUGGAGGGGGUGGAAAUGAAAUGGUUGUUCAAGAAGAUACCGUUUUUGUAUCUGGCAUGAAUCCCGGUAGCAGUGAACAUGAUAUUGCGAAUCAUUUUGGUGCAAUUGGUAUUAUUAAGACUGAUAAACGUUCAAUGAAACCAAAAAUUUGGGUGUAUAAUGAUAAAGUCACCGGAAGACCAAAAGGUGAAGCCACAGUUACAUAUGAUGAUCCAAAUGCCGCACGUUCUGCAAUUGAAUGGUUCGAUGGUAAAGAGUUUAUGGGAAAUACAAUUAAAGUACAAAUGGCCACCAGAAGUAGUAAUUGGGGUGGCGCUGGUGGUCGUGGUGGCAGUGUCGGAAGUGGCGGUGGUGGUGGAAAACGUGACGGCCCACCAGGAGGUGGUGGUGGCCGUGAUGGUGGUGGUGGCGGCGGUGGUUUUGGUGGACCACGUGGUGGUGACCGAGGAGGGCCCCGUGGAGGAGACCGAGGUGGGCGCCCUGAUGACAGAGGUGGUUCUGGUGGUGGUGGAGGUCGAGAAUCUCGAGAUGGGGAUUGGAGAUGUCCAAAUCCAGAUUGUGGAAAUACGAAUUUUGCUUGGAGAAAUCAAUGUAAUAGAUGUAGCGAAAAUAAACCAGAAGGAGGUGGUGGAGGUUCUGGUGGAAGCGGUGGUGGCGGUAGAGGCCCACCACGAGGAGGAAAUGACAGAGGACCACGCCAUGGUGGUGGUGGUGGAGGAGGAGGCGGCGGUGGAUUCAAAGGUGGCCGAGGCGGCGGUGGUGGUGGAUUUGGAGGUGGUGGCCGAGGAGGUGACAGAAACAGUGGACCACGAGGAGGUGGUGGUAGAGGAGGCGGUGGUGGAGGUGGAGAUCGCGGUGGACCUAUGAGAGGAAGUGGUGGUGGACGGGACAGGCCGCGACCAUACUAAUUAUUCAUACUGAAUAGAAGAUAAGAGAUUUUUUUGAAACUAAUACAAACUACCUAUGUACAAGAUUGUUUUAUAUAAUAAUUUUUUUUUUUAAGUUGUAACUUUUUUCCAUUAUGUAAAAUUA